AGCCGUUAGUUAGUUGUGAGCACGCCAGUCACUAUGUUCAAGGUUCACUGUGAUGCACCUUGUGUAUCACCUCAGAAAUCAGGCUUUACACAUACUUUUACCAGAGAUGCAGCACAACCCGUGAUGCACUAAAAAGAAAGCAGAAAAUAAGACUUGAUCGCAGAUCUUGGCUGUCAAAAAUGAGGCGUCUGCUCUUUGUGACACUAACCGUGUCCCUCUCUUCACUUGGAAGCCUUAUUCAGUCUUCGCAUUCACCGUCCAACUCUGGCUCAGUCCAAAUAACUCAAAGUGGAGCCAGAAACAACAGCAGCCUGGACAGCUUGGCCAGGGAAGUAAUCUUUCAAUCAGAAAGCCCUGUAGAAGGCAGCCGGUAUAGUGUUGGCAGCACGGAGUUGCAGCAACUCAUCAAUCAGGCUGUCACUCCAUUGAGCAAAGAAACCCACUCUGGGUCUGGAAUCAUAGUGGGGACAGAACCCAGCCUGCACCACUCAGGGCCUCUGGACCAAAGAGCUGACAAAGCUAAUACUUCAAUUACAGGAAACACUCACCCCAGUGUACCCGUAAUCUCAGAGGGAGCUCUGCUGGAAGGCGGCCACAUAACAGCAGAGCGCUUACAAGAGAGUCAUACCUCUGCUGUGAAACACAACUUCCCAACUCGUGGAGACCGCCCUAAACUUCCUUUCCAUACCAGUGCGUUUACUUCCAUGAUAAAUUAUAAACCUUCAGAACCUGGAGGCCCCUGCGUGCUGGGUGUUGGGCCGUGUAUUGUUCUUAAAAACUUUAAUGGCACCAGUCUGCUCUGGGAUGACAUGAGGCGCACACUGGCGUUUGCCUGGGAAUUGCACGUCUUUGGGUCUGCCAGCCUUUUCUCGCUGAUGGCUUGCCUGGCAGUUUUGGGGACGGCUGGAGCAUGUACGCUUCCUCGGCCCCUCUGUUACACCCUGAUCCUGGCAAAUAGCUUCCUAAUCAUGGGUGGCUCUUUGCGUACCAUCCUCCUCAUACUUGACCCCUACGGUACCCGUCAGAUUCUGUCUCAUGCCACUCUGUCAGCGCUACAUAAUGUUCCUCUGCAGCUUCUUCUGUGGGCGCAGCUUGCUCUCGCUCUGGUUACACUGAAAGGGUUAAAUUUAUUACUUUUCCCACUCAAGCUGCAGCACCCAUGGGUGGUUGGAGGGCUUGGUAUAUUUCAUUGCUCUGCAUUAUUUGUAGCCGAUCUAUACUCUUUAACUUUAACCCCUGCUGUCCCUCUUUUGCUACAGACCCUUUCCCUCUGCUGGGGCCUCCCAUUUUGCUUGGGGAUCCUCACAAAGGCCCUUUCCAAUCUGCAACCCUUUCUCAGGUCCUCUUUGCCACAGUGGGCUCCUUCACAGAGGGCCGAGAGGCGUGGAAAGCGAGUCAUAGCAGGGUGUGCUUUCCUUGGGGUGCUAUGCUGCAGCCUUCAGAUGUAUAGUCUCUUCUGGCUUUAUGGGCUACUGGGAAACUGGAGGCGCUUUGGCUGGGGCUGGUGGCUGAGUCAGUUCUGGGCGAGACUCCUUGAGUUAGCCUGGGGAUUCUCUUUGCUUGUCCUGGGAUCUUGGAUCUUCUGGACUCCAUCUAAGGGUCACGCAAGGGGUGACCAUGUGCAGAGCAGAGUGGAGGCAUUCAAAAGAAUGGAGGAUAAAAGCUUUUGGGAUAGGGUGUUAGCCAUUGUGUGGAAAGUCCCACUAAAAAAAUCAGAUACAAGCUGGGAAGACCUGAUGCCAAAUAACUGGACCAAAUAUAAUCUGUCAAAAGCAGGUAUCAGCAACAACAUAAUGUCCCCAUAUGACGAUCGAACAUCCACCCAAAUAUCAGAGCACAAGUCUGAUCCUGGUAGUAGCAGCUCGGACUCUCAGGCAGCAUUGCUGUGGCAAAAAGUUGGUGAACGUGAGUGUAUUCUUUCACUUAUAGAGUUUGACAUGCGGCCCCCAUCUCCUAUUAACCUCAGGCGCAGCAUUGACAAUGCUUUUCACCACGGACAGCUUGUAGCAGGGAGUCUGUUCACACCUCCGCCUCCCUCAUGGACAAUGGGCACCAAUGAUGAAGACGGUGGUCUAAAACCCUUCCCUCCAGCCUUUAUCAGCUACGGCUGGAUGGACACGGAGUCCAUUUCGGCAUCUCUAGACCAUUUCCAGGCCAAAGAACCAGUACAGUCACCCAGUGCUGCAUCUGAAAAUAAUGGCAGCAGUGAGUCUCCAGCUGCUGCAUACAUGAGAGAGGAAUUCUCUGCAGUGAUGCAUCAGCAUUACUGGUCAGAUGACGAUGUCACAGACCUCUAAGGACAUAAACUUCUUUUACAUAAACUAUCAUAUUUCUUUUAGUAAAAACUGUUUACCAUGGGUGGGUUUAAUAAUGCAAAAAUACAGUCAGUAUGACCUGAAAUUUGUCACUUUUUAUAUGAUCUUUAUGUUUUUGAGAAGAUGAUGGUACUUUCACUUAAAUAAAUCUGUUGAGUCAGACUUUUUUCUCCUAGUGAAUAAUAUGAGUAUUUAAUAAUAAUAAAGGUCUAAUAUGUUUUGUUCUAUUUGUCAGUGUUAUUUGUGUAUGUAGGACAGAUGACCUUUAAUUCAGCAAGUUACCAUCUCUUAUCUGUUGGCAUCUGAUUAGUGUACCAAUAGUGACUGGAUGUUUUUACUGUCUUGUUUGUAAAUCAAUUUGAAUUUAUAUGAAUAAUAUGAUCAACAAUAAAUUUAGAAA